UUGUUAAUUAAUAUAUUAUUUUUAUAAUUGUAAUAAAAUAAAAAAGUGUUUGUAGCUUGUUUGUUAAUUUGUUUCGUCACAAUAUGUUUUGUCGUUUUGGCAUUCUUUCAUUAAUUGUAAACCCGACAAUUCUCUUGGAAAGACAUGGCGCGUGGUCAGCAGAAAGUGCAAUCGCAACAGAAAGCCGCUGAAAAAUCGGCGAAAUUGAAGAAACAACAAGGACACAGUGCAAACGAACAAAAAAAGGCAGCUCAGAAAGCUCUUGUUCACGUUUGUGCUAUAUGCAAGGCUCAAAUGCCAGAUCCGAAAACAUACAAGCAGCAUUUUGAAAACAAACACCCAAAAAAUGAUCUUCCUGAGGAUCUGAAAGGAAUAUAAUAUGAAGUUGUAAUAUUUCAAUAAUGUUGUCUUAAAAUUUCUCAUCUAUAAUAUUUUGUGCUGUGUUUUAUAUUGUUCUAAUUUAUAUAUAUAUAUAUAUACAUAUGUAUUUAUAUAUAUAUGUGUAUAUAUUCACCAACGAAAUAAAGAUUUCACAUUCAUACAGCAUUUAGAGAUUCAUAGAUUUUAUAUUAUAUAUGCUGUGCAUGUUAUGUUUA